AUGCGUGUCUUAUCUUUUGCGUUGGCCCUUUUCGCGGUUGAUAUGGUUGUUGAAGCUGGAGUUUGCAAACCUGCUCGUACUACCACGACUGCAACUUCGGUUGCCGAAUCGUCUACUGCCGCCGUUUCUGCUGCCUCUGAGACCUCUGCCAUCGAGUCGCUGACCUCUGCGACGGAGACCUUGAGCACCGACUCAAGCGAGAUCUUGACGACUUCUACCGCCGAGGCUGAAACUACAUCGACCGAGGCCGUUUCUACUACUACCACUGAUGCUGCUUCCACGACCUCUGAGGAGGCUUCCACUACAACCACCGCAGGCCCAUCGCUCACACCUGGCUCCCUCGUAGGCACCGGACCCGUCGCCGGCCUCACCCUCCAGGGCGUCGACUCACGCUUCAUCCCCCUAUCCUUCGCAACAUCCGGCUCGACCCAAACCCUGAUCUUCACCCUCGCCGCCAACGGCCAGCUCGCGACAGGCACCAACAACAACUACCUAUGCCUGAACUACAAGCCUUCUGGCGUUCUUGGGCCGCUUGUCCUGUGCCCCUUUGAUAACUUCCAGAAUGCUCCCUUGCAGUGCACCCGAGCGGCCAGCGGCACGCUUUCUUGCACUGCGCCGAACGGAUCAUGCAGCUCGAGUGGAGCUUGUACGCGACCUAACAGCGGGACCGCAUUCUCUCAGUUCUAUGUGGACGGUUCUCAGAACGGCUAUUUUGGUCCCGCCGACUUUAACGGGGCGGGUUACUCUGCUAUUGAUGUGAUCCUCCCCGAAUGA